UUUCUCUCUCUGCCCCCUCUCUCUUUCUCUCUCUAUCUAUAUUUUCUCAGUGGAUUGGUUCUCUGAGAGAGAGGGGCGUUAAUCUCGGUGCUCCAAAAUCCGUAUCCAUACUGUUCCUUCGUUUGCAGGCACAUUUCCUAAUUACUUGAAUAUUUCCUACCAAAGCAAGGUUACCUCUUAUCCUUUGAAAUGUUCAGGCUUAAGAAGUCGCUCUUGCAUAGGAAUGCUAGGAAUCACUCUGUGAAUCCUGGAUCCGGUGGUUAUUCAAGUUCAAAUCCUUUUGAUUCUGACAAUGAAUCUGACAACAAGGAAACUAUAAAACCUGCUCGGAGAACUUCGUCAGAGCCUUCUCUAAUUACCCCACAUUUGAGUACAAACCCUUUUGAUGAUGAUGAUGAUAUUAAACAGUCUCAUUCAUCUGCUUACUCCGCGACUUCAACAGAAAGAAAUAGAUUCAAGAAUGAGUUCAGGGACUCUGGAGGAUUUGAAAACCAAACUGUACAGGAGUUGGAAAACUAUGCAGUACACAAGGCUGAAGAGACAACGAAGGCUGUUAACAAUUGUCUGAGGAUUGCAGAAGACAUUAGACAAGAUGCAACAAAAACUGUUAUCGCCUUACAUCAGCAGGGUGAACAAAUUACAAGAACCCACCUAACUGCAGCUGACAUUGAACACGACCUUAGCAGAGGUGAAAAACUUUUGGGAACUCUUGGUAGCUAUUUUUCUAAGACUUGGAAGCCUAAGAAGAUACGCUCAAUUACAGGGCCAGUAAUUACUAGAGAUGAUCCAGUUCAAAGAAGGGGUAACCACCUGGAGCAGAGAGAAAAGUUGGGGUUGAGCUCUGCACCUAAGGAACGCUCAAGUUCACGAACACCACCUCAGGAACCUACUAAUGCACUGCAGAAAGUUGAGGUUGAGCACGCGAAGCAAGAUGACGCAUUAUCAGAUCUCAGUAACCUGUUGGGAGAGCUCAAACAUAUGGCUAUUGACAUGGGGUCUGAAAUCGAGAGGCAGAACAAAUCCCUGGAUCAUUUUCAAGAUGAUGUAGAUGAGCUCAAUUUCCGAGUUAAAGGUGCCAACCAGCGUGGUCGCCGCUUACUUGGAAAAUAACCUAGCACUUAUCUCAUGUAUUAGCACUAGAUAUUAACGUGCUCAUGCUUUUUCUUCAUAAUGCCAAUUCUUUCAUCUGUUACUUCUGAUUUUUUUUUGUAAACGGGUGACAUCAGAUCGAGUUAAUCAAUUAAUUUCCUGGUAA